AUGGAAAUAGAACCCAUGAAAAUAUAUAACAUAAAUCAAGAUUCAAUUAAUAAUGAAUAUAAUAUUAGAACUCCUAUUUCUGAUGGUACAACAAUUAUUGGAAUAAUUUAUGAACAUGGUGUUAUGUUAGCUUGUGAUACUCGAACAUCAUCUGGAACAUUUGUUAGUAAUAAGUGUUCGAGGAAAAUAAAUAGAAUCAAUGAAAAUAUUUAUGUAUGUAGAAGUGGUGCAUCUGCACAUAGCCAAAAAGUAAUUGAAGUAAUAAAACAUUAUUGUGCAUCUAUGAAAAGUGAAAAUCGAAAAAAAGGUCGAUUUCAUGAAAAUGAAGUUAUAACAGAUGAUAUAAAUGAUGAAGAAAUUGAUAUUGAUCAAAUUAAUAAUAUAAAUAAUAACAAUGUAAUAGCUAAAAAUAAAUAUUACUAUAAUGAUAAAUUUAUGGAUUAUAACCCAUUAGUAGAAAAUGUUGCAUAUAUAACAAAAAAACUUAUUUAUGCAAAUAAUAAUUUUCUGUCAUGUGGUUUAAUAUUUGGUGGUUAUGAUAAAAUAAAAAAACAACAAUUAUAUUCUGUUAAUUUAAAUGGUAGUAUAAUUCAAAAAUACGAUUAUGCAGUUAGUGGAAGUGGAAGUAUUUAUAUUCAAUCUUAUUUACAAGAUAAAUAUAAAAAAAAUAUGACAAAAAAAGAAUGUUUUGAUCUUAUUUUAAAUUGUGUUAAAUAUGCUAUAUAUAAUGAUAAUAGCAGUGGUGGAAUUGUAAGAAUUUUAAAUAUAACCAAAAAUUUUGUAGAAGAAUAUACUAUUACAAAUACUCAAAUACAUUUCGAUUAUUAA